AUGGGGAAAACAUUAAUAUCUGGAAAGAUAAAUAAUGGAGAGUGGAAUGUUAGUCUUAUUAAAAGUUUUUUUGAUGAUGAUUAUACUAUGAAAAUUAAAAUGAUUGAGCCUAACAUUAAAAACAUUGACAAACCUAAAUGGAUUGGUACCCAGGAUGGAGAGGUUACAGUUGGAUCUCCCUAUAAUUAUUUAUGUAAUAAUAAAAAACAUUUAGAUGCCAGAGUAGAAUGGUUGGAUAUUUGGAAGCUACAAGUAAUUCCUAGAGUGAAAAUGUUCAUGUGGAAAUCCCUAAGUGAUUGUCUACGAGUCAAAGAAAGAUUAGGGAGACAUAUCCUAUUAGACACUCAGUGUAUUAUGUGUAAUAGAAUUACUAGUGAAAGAACUGACCAUCUUUUCCUUGAGUGUAAUUUCUCUGAAGCUAUUUGGAGAGGCUUGUCUUUUUCACAUAUUUUCUAUAACAAAAGAAACUCAGGUUUUAAAAAUUGGUGUCUUGAUUGGCUUAUGGAUAAAACUAAUAUAGAUGUUUGUGCGUAUAUAUUUUGGUUUAUUUGGAAGUAUAGAUGUAGAGUCUCCUUUGACGGCGUUAAUCCUAACCCCAUUGAUUUGAUAAGCACUAUUAAAAAAGAUCUUAAUUUUUUCCAAGUCACUUAUCUGAGCAAUAAUACUUGUCAUACAGUUAGACCAAAAAAAGCUUGUGAUAUUUCUCACUCAGGUUGUAAAGAGGGCUCUUCUUAUAUGUUUAAUAGCGCUGAGUAUAUUAUGUUUGACGCUGCUUUUAAUAAACAGACUAAGAGAUUUGCUUACGCUCUGGUGUUGUUUGAUAAAACUAGUUCAAUUUAUGAUUUUGCAGGAGGAUCAGGGAAGUGCUCAGACUCUAAUGAGGCAGAAGCAAGAGCUUGUCGGGAAGCCAUAAGGUGGGAUAGAAGAUCAGGAAUAAAAUAUAUCGUCUUUCUCAAUGACAAUCUCAAUGUUAUUAAUUGUAUGAGAAGAAGAAAUUUUUCCGCAAAAGGCAGCUCCACCUUACCUUCUUGUAACUUGAUCAGUGGUAGCUCUUUUCUGAAUUUUUUAAAGAAUAAUACACCUACUACCAUUGGCCAAUUCUUUUCAAUUUCCACUACCCCUUUGGAACCAAUUCAUCCUGAGAUUUCUACAUUGUUAGAAUCCUAUGCUGAUGUUUUUGAACCUCCUACUUCCUUACCACCUCAGAGAGCUAUAGAUCACCAAAUAACUUUGAAGCAUAAUUAUGCUCCCAUCUCUCAGAGGCCAUACUGA